ACUGAUAUCCGAUGUGAGACUAAAAAGAUACUACAGACCUGAGGCACUUAUACAUACAGCUGAGAAAAUGAACCCAGGGAAACGUUUUAACGACAACUGAGGAUCAACAACACCCUUAACAAAGCUUUAAGACAAACAGGCAUAGCAAGGGGCACUGGGCGAUUCUCACGAGAUUUCAAGUCGAUGGUCUCUCUGAAGAGAUAAAUAAAUAAUCUCUCUAUAUAGCCUCUGUCCUCAGGUCAGGAUGAGGGCCACACUACUCUGCCUGCUGUGUAUGGCCAUGUGUUUAACAGGGAUCCCAGCCAGCCCCGUCCGGAAGGCCCAGAAGAACAACCAGGCUGCCCCCAUUGAUGACAUGAACGUGCUGAUGUACGGCGUGCUGCAGUUCAGCGAGACCCUGCACCACGUCUACGAGAGCACCGAUGCCAAGUUCGCUCGGAUCGAGAGGUCGCUGAGGAGACAUGAGGAGAGGCUGGAGAGGCUGGGCCAGGAGGCAGGCCAGGCCGCAGAGAAGGACAGACAGAUGAGACAGGUGCUAGGACAGAUACAGGGCCAGAUGGCUGGGCUGCAGUCAAAGGCUGAGGAGGCCAAAGGCAAGGUUGCCCGGGUGGAGCAGGAAGAGGGAGAGCUUAGGACCACGGUGAUCAACCUGGAGACAUACCUUCAGAACUACCCCCCCAACGGCAUACAGGAAUUAAAGGAUAGGGCGUUAAAACACUCCAGUGUUCUGGAGGGCCUGCUAACAUGGACACAGUUCCAAAAACAGAGCAUUGAGAGUCAGAACCAACAGUUGACCAAGCUACAGAAACUGAGUGAAGCCAGGAGACAGCCAGUCCUUCGUCACAUCGCCUGAUGGUUCCACUGAAUCUCAACACCAGCUACUGUAGCUACUGAAACUACACUCCAUGACUUUACCCUGGUGCUUAAGUACCCUGUCUACUCAUACAAGUAUAAUUCACACGGAACAAAUACUCCCACCCAAUAAACUGAAUUACAAUAACAUUACAUAUUUAUACCACUGUAUUAUACUUCUGAAUACUUUUAAUUGUGUUUAACACAUGCCCUUUUUUAUAUGUACAUGUUCUUUAUUUUAAUUCUAAUUCAUUCUUAAUGCUGUCAUUUUGUAUAUUUUGUGUGCAAAUAAAAAUCUGAAAAUAUAAUUUCGGAGCU